AUGUCCUGCACCGCUCUCCGCGCACUCCCUCAUCCUCGUCAUCUCAUCUCCCCUCGCAUGCGCAUAGCUCGAGCCUGCGCCUCCAACUUCAGCACCUCUUCCAACCCAUCCCCCAUAUCAAUGUCCCCAGUCCAAUCCGACGCCAUCCCAAAAAUAACCCCCACCCCUCUCUCCCGUGACGUCCUCGUCAAACUACACAAACUCUCAGCUCUGCAUCCCCCGCCAGGAGGUUCGGCAGAGGAGGCAGAGAUGGUGGAGGAACUGGGAGAGCUAGUGGGUCUGAUGGACUUGGUAAAGCAGGUGGAGUUGCCGCAGGAAGAGAUUGAAGGGCUGUUGGGCGAAGGCAUAGGGGCCAUCAGAAUUGGGCAAACGGAUGCUAGUGGGAAAGAAGAGGAGACAUUAGAGAAGGAGGGAUCUGGAAAGAAGCUGCUUGCAUGGAGUCCGACGAGAGUGGGCGAUUUCUACUCUUCGGCUCUCAAGAAGACAUGA